ACGAGUGGUCCAGCAGUGGGCAGGGAGCGGAAACUCAGUGAGGCAACGCGCAAAAGAGUGCCAGGAUGGAUGGCGCAAAGAACCUCGUCGAAAGCGCGGGGCCUGCGAGUACAUAAGUUUGAGCUGAACUAUAUGUAUGCCACCCUUGGCAUGGAGCAGGACGACAGCAGCGAGGACGACUACAACGUCGACACGGAAGACUCUGAAGAUGAUGAGGAGAUUUCCGGCGACACAGACGACCCCUUAAACCUCGGCGCGUUUGUUCAGCUUACUCGCAGUACAUACUUGUUGAGACUAAUACCGCGUGUUAAUCGAUUAAGUCGUAAUGCACGAGCUGCAAACGCCAAGGACGGAAGGCUGCGCGGAAAUCUAUCCGAUGGGAAGAAACGACGACAGUCUCCUCAGCAACGCUUCGUUAAUCGACGGUAUUCUUCGCAUGAGUCGGUGCCCUCAAAGAAGAAACGUAAGGUGAUGGUGGAUGCAGGGUCAUAGGCGCGAAGUGACGAGAAGGUGAAACAAGGCGACGCGCAAGUCAUGCCCUACUCCAAACAAGACAAGCAAGACAAUGGGCACGACGAGCAGGACGAAUAUCAUUCGUAUGGCGAGGGUCGUAACCAACCUUAUGACCUUGUGAGUGCAUCACGUCGAGGGUAUAGGUCUCGAAAGCGUAUCAGUAGGCCAUUGAAAGAGAUGAAGACCAUGUUUCCGGACCGCAACGAUAUUGCAAAUGUGGUAGCUCCGUUUCCAUCCGGUCCCAUUGUAACUUUCAUAAAUUUUUUCAUGCAAUACAAGAAGAACA